UGCGCUGCUGCUGCUGGGCUCGGCCUGGGGGAAACUGCCCCGAAAGGUCACUUCCUUUUGAGCGUCACGAGUGUGUCCCCGCCGUCCUGGAACCCGUGUGUCUCAGCUGCCCCGCCGACUUCCGCGGGGGUGAUGGGGGCGCGGCCUGCUGAGUGCGAGGGGGAAGAUCGCCCCCUGGGCACCUGCUGGUCCAGCAUAUCUAUGCAAGAUUUCAUCAUGGGAAAUGGCUAUUACAACAUGGUGGCAACUGUGCUGUUGGUCAUGAAUUUCGAAAGGACAAGAUCAAUGCAGGAUUUCUGUGGUAACUGUCCAGCUGGUACUUUCUGUGGGAAAAACAAGAAUUGCAUUCCCUGUCCUCUAAAUAGUUUCUCCAGCAUAGGUGGACAAAGGACCUGUGACAUAUGCAGACAAUGUAAAGGUGUUUUCAGGAUCAAGAAGCCGUGCUCCAGCAUCAGCAAUGCCGAGUGUGACUGCAUCUCAGGGUUCCACUGCCUGGGGGCAGCAUGCACCAUGUGUGAACAGGAUUGUAAACAAGGUCAAGAAUUAACAAAAGAGGGUUGUAAAGACUGUUGCUUUGGGACAUUUAAUGAUCAGAAACAUGGCAUCUGUCGACCCUGGACAAACUGUUCUUCAGGAAAGUCUGUACGCGUGAAUGGGACGAAGGAGAGUGAUGUGGUCUGUGGACCGAUCGUGACGGACUUCUCUCCAGCUACAUCCUCCGCGACCGUGCCUGCCCCUGGGAGAGAGCCAGGACACACUCCACAUAUCAUCACUGUCUUCCUCGCGCUGAUGUCGGCUGCGGUGCUGUCCCUGGUGUUCUUCCUCGUGCUCCGUUUCUCUGUCGUUAAACGAGGCAGAAAGAAACUGCUGUAUAUAGUCAAACAACCAUUUAUGAAACCAGUUCAGACUGCCCAAGAGGAAGACGCCUGCAGCUGCCGAUUUCCGGAAGAAGAAGAGGGAGGGUGUGAACUGUGACAUGGACGUGCAAAGCGCGGCUGGACUCUCUGGGAAAGAAGCGAGGGGACAUGCCGGCGACCCCAGUGUCCCGUGUUUCAGAAACAAAAACCACAGUCCUCCAUAAUCCCCAUGAUUACCCCUGACAAGUUUUUUCUAAAUGCUAGUGAAUUGGCCUUUAAAAAUGUGCCGCUUUUAGCAGAGCAAGCAGAUGGGGACAGAGCAGUGGUGACAGGGGAUUUUCUAGAUGCCGUCUCACGGGCCAGGGCUCGUGUUUUGCAAUCCAGAUAUAGUUUAAAUUCAAUCACGCAGGCCAAGAGUCCAGCUACAAUUAUAAUCCAAACCAAUGCAGGGUUUUUUUGUGCUAAUGACAUACGGCAACAAGCCAUAAGAUGCAGUAAAUAUCCCCAACCAAACUUCCCGUCAGUCCUAUCAUUUAACAUGACGACGUCCUCCGCUGUCGGGGGACAGUGAUCAGAGAGCCUGAAUUUGGUGUCAAGAGCAAAAAAAUCUCAGACCUUGAGGAAGAGUUUCAGAAAGAGUUCAAGCGCCUUUGUAUGUCCCAUGGUCCCUUCCGUCCUCACACCUCUUGCCUCUGUCCUGCUGCCCUGAGCCCCAGGUUCCUUUUUGUUUUUAUUUAACUUUUUACAUAAUAUUUGAUACACAAACCAAUACAUGAAAUAUGUAUGCAAGUAUGACGAACAAUGAGAAAAUGAACGCCUGAGCUCAUAGCCUAACCAUGGCGCUAGAGCGGGGGGCCACCAAACUCCCGCGGCCAAAUCUGGUGCCAUCUGCCUUAUUUUUUUUUUUUUUAAGAGACACGGUCUGGCUCUGUUUGGCUCUGUCACCCAGGCUGCAGCGCAC